AUGCGCUUGCUCAACGUCCACACCUUCAAAGUGCACGACUACGAAACGGGGCCGAGGCCGCCAUACAUCAUUGCUUCCCAUCUUCCCUGCCCAUUUACGUAUGGACCGACUGGCUGUGAAUUGAUACAUGCUGUAUUGACAACUCGAACGCUGCUGAAGUAUCCCGAGAGAUCGAUUCAAUGUUUCAUUGGUAUCGACAAGCGGUGCACUGUAUCGCAUACCUGCCGGAUGUUGAUGCCCAACACCCACUCGAAACGAGUGCCUGGUUCAGACGAGGCUGGACUCUGCAGGAGCUUCUCGCACCGUCUGCCAUUAUUUUUUUGGACUCGGCUUGGUCUUUCCUCGAUGAAGUCGUCAUUUACCGGCGAAGCAGCUGGUAAAGUGUUUGGUUGGACUGGGCCCAAUGUCCAAGUGCUGAACAGAAGGACAUCACAGCGCACUGGCAUCUCGGAAGAUAUACUAUGGAAUUUCAACAAGUCGAAACAGCUCAGCAUCAACCAGAGAAAACAAUGGAUGACUGGUCGGAUCACUACUGAGGAUGAAGACAUGGUCUAUGGCUAA